GAACUCAGUGAUCUGAAACAGUCGGCCUUCAACAGAAGUGUAGACUAUGCGCAAGGAUACAUUACAAACAGAACCAACGUUAAACACUUUUGUUUUUCAGCUUGUCGACAAUUAAAACAUCCUGUGGGAGCAAAGGAAUUCGCAUUAAAUAAUAAGAGGCAUGUCAGGUUCAAAUAAUUAAAACAUGAGUGUGGGUUGAAGCCCUUCUUUGGAACUAGUUGUUGUUAGGCGGGGCGGAGAGUUUCCCGUGGUCUCUGUGGUUGCCAGGCGCGGUGUGUCACUGGGAAGUGCAGAAAUUUUGGAGCGUCACGCCGCUGUCUCCGCCACAGCCACUGCACAGUGCUGGAGGUAUUGCUGAACUCAGUUCAGACCCAGGGUAAACGAGACAUACAAACUCCGGCGUCACUGGCGAGAGUCAACAUUUCAGAAGUUGGAUAUCUAUUAUUUAUUUUUGUCGUUUUCUAUAGAUUUAAAUAUUCUUUCAGUUUGGGUAAUACCCUAUAAAGUGUGUUAAAUGAUCAUGGAGAGGAAGAGGAUGGACUGCCCGGCUCUGCCCACGGGCUGGAAAAAAGAAGAAGUGAUCCGGAAGUCGGGGCUCAGUGCUGGCAAGAGUGAUGUCUACUAUUACAGUCCCAGUGGUAAGAAAUUCAGGAGCAAGCCCCAGCUGUCUCGAUACCUGGGGAACACUGUUGACCUUGGCUGUUUUGAUUUCCGCACUGGAAAGAUGAUGCCGAGUAAAUUGCAGAAGAACAAACAGAGACUAAGGAAUGAGCAUCUUAGUCAAUCGAAGGGCAAGCCCGACCUGAACACUGCACUGCCGAUCAGGCAAACUGCCUCCAUUUUCAAGCAGCCAGUUACCAAAGUCACCAACCACCCUAGUAACAAAGUAAAGUCGGAUCCUCAGCGAGCAAUCGAGCAGCCACGGCAGCUUUUCUGGGAGAAGAGACUACAAGGUUUGACUGCGUCUGAUGUAACUGAACAGAUAAUAAGAACCAUGGAACUUCCAAAAGGUUUACAAGGUGUUGGUCCAGGUAACACAGACGAGACCCUUUUAUCUGCUAUUGCAAGCGCUUUGCACACAAGUUCUGCACCAAUCACGGGACAGCUGUCUGCAGCAGUGGAAAAGAACCCAGCUGUAUGGCUAAACGUGACCCAGCCCCUCUGCAAAGCCUUUAUGGUCACAGAUGAGGACAUUCGGAUUCCAGAGACUUUAUUUUUGCACCAGAAGCAAGUUCCCAAAUUAAAACUGAAGACAUGUCUGGAUCUUCAUCAGUCUGUGCUUAAAGAAACAGAAAGGAGCCAUGCACAUUUUAAUAGCUUUCUAAUACAUAGCUCGAACCAAGGCCUUUUUUGACCAUCAUAUUUUUGAUGUACAUAUCUAUAUAUUUCAGAGCAAUGUUUAUUUUGUGACUGUGAGACUUAGUUUUUUUUGGUUUUUUUUAUAUAAUAAGCAAUACACUUUAAACAUUUUUGUUCCUAAACCAAGGUUGCAAUCUGCUGGAUUUGUAUUGCUAAUUUUUAAAUUAGUUUUAUUGUUAUUAUUUUUUGGCUGGAAGGGCUAUGUUGUCAGGGUUUGUAUUCAAGUUUAUAUAAUUUCUGAAAAAACAAACAAAUGGAAAUGACUUAUUUAAAAAGAUUUUUUAUACCUCUAAAUAAAAAAAGAAUACCUGUACAUUCUUUCAUCACUGUAAAGUAAAUAAAUGAUUAUAUUCACAAA